AUGUCGACAGCUGCUGCAAACCCUACACUUCCUCUAUCAAUAUUUGUUACACCAGCUAAUGAUAGCCUGACUCGAGAAGAAAUAUCACACUUGCAACAGCUUGUUCGAGACCUUGUUCAAGGCGAUACAAAUUUGCCAGGAGGUGUUGACAGCGCGGAUGGGUUUGACCAGAUCCCCUAUAUCAUCAAGCAGAUUUUCCAAACCGGCCGUGAAGAUGCAUUUGGUGAGCAACUCAAUUACUAUUGCUCUAGAAAGGAAGCUGAAAUUGAACGCAUGUGCAACUUGCAUUACCAGGAGUUUGUUCAAUCUGUGGAUCAGCUGUUGAAAGUGAGGGCUGGUACAGCAACAAUGAGAGAUAAAAUUAAAAUCAUGAACGAAGACAUGCAAACUGCGGGUUCAAAAAUUGUUGAAAAGAGAUCUGAAUUGAUUGAAAACAGACGCACCAUACUGAAUAUCGAGAUGGCGCUUGAGACCAUGCAAUCUUGCCUGUUUGUUUUGGAUAUUGCCAAUCGUGUAAGUGUUCAAGUCGGCAAUCGCAAAUACUACUCUGCUCUACGUAUGCUUGAUGAGCUAAAAACUACACAUUUGGCAUUGGUGAAUCAGUACUCAUUUGCUGCACAAAUGAAUGAUUGGGUUCCAUAUAUGCAAAACUCGAUUCGCGAAGCAGUUAUAUCCGAGUUGAAUCAGUGGACCGUUACUGUAAAGGAAAUGACAGACACUGUUGGAAGAUUAGCUAUGGAGUUGACGGCCAUGAGACAAGAUCGUGCAAGCGAAAUAUUGGCCAGCAGCAAAUAUAUCAGCAAGUCGGGUCGUAAUCUGAACAUUGGCACAUCAAUGGAACUGGCAAUCAAUGAAGAAUACGAUAUGGAUGCGUUAGACAACGAAGAUGUUCAUUUGGAUUUUACUGCAUUAUUUCAGUGUAUUCAUAUUCAUGAUGUACUAGGAAAGCGUGCACAAUUCAAGGCAGAGUACGAAGAAAAUCGUAGACUCCAGAGUGAAAUCAUAAUUGGCACAGUGUUUUCGUUAAAGGACGGCGAUAUUUCUGGAUUUGAAAAAUACAUUCAGCAAAUAUCGGGAUUUUUUGUCAUUGAGGCUACUGUUAUUAGUGCAACUGCCGACUUUCGAUCGCGUGCAGGUGUGGAAGCACUUUGGGAAAUGGCAGUGAGCAAAAUGAAUGCACAUAUUGGAGAAUGCUUAAGAGAUUGCACCAUUCCCGAACUAUUCCUAGAUAUCAAGAUGUGUGUUGUAGCGUUUAUUCAAACUAUGGAAGUGUAUGGAUUUUCUGUAACAUCGGUCACAGAUCUUAUGGUGUCUUUGGUAGACAGAUUUGCUGAAGUCAAAAAACUACAGUGCUGUGAGAAAUUACUCAAGGUGAUUGAGGAGGAAGAUGAUUACAUGCCAGUGGUAGUGAAUAACUCUGACGAUCUGGAUCAAGUAAACAAAGCGUUUCAACUUCCAAGCGACUAUUUUAAAAAUCCGACAAAACUUACUGGUGGAGCUGAAACAAUUUUAUUUCCCAAAAUCUUGCCAUUUUCAAAAGGCUUUUACAAGUGCUGUCAAUAUGUCAAAGAUUUUAUUUACGACUACUACCGUUUUGCAGACGGAUUUUCUCAGCAAAGCUACGAGAUGGAUGAUCUGCUCAAAAAAAGCUUGGAAAAUUUACUAGUCCAAAAUCUAAACGGUGCUUUAAUGAAAAAGAUUGGAAGUACAAGUCUAUCUUUGGUGAUCCAGAUUAUGAUCAAUUGCCAAUGGUUUGAAAAGGCUUGUGGACAGUUUGAAGAAAUGCUACAAGAACAGAGGAGUGUAUACAAGGAAGUGCGAGUUGUUCUUCAAGUUGCCCAGAUAUUUGAUGAAACUCGCGCAAUUGCCGAAAAACGAGUUUUUGAAAUUGUGAAUACAAAGAUUGAUGGGUUUCUUGAAGUUGCCGAUUAUGAUUGGGAUGCAGCACAAGCUGCUAAUGCACCAAGCGCUUAUCUCACAGAUCUGGUGGAUUACCUCACGACUGUGGUGUCUUCUACUUUAUCUUUGCUACCAAGUGCAACCAAGGCGUAUGUUUACUUUGAAGCGUUUGAUCACUUAACAGCAUCCCUAAAAAGCAUGCUGUUGGAUCCUCAGCUCAAGCGAGUGACUAUUGCGGUUUUACACACUCUCGACAUUGAUAUUGGAUAUCUAGAAACGUUUAUUAAACAAUUGAACGACACUAAUGCAGGCGAUGCGUUCACGGAACUCCGUCAGCUAAUCAAUUAUGGAAAAUCAGAGAGUUACGAAGAUAUAUUGGUGCCAGCCAUUCGCAACAAAAAGUAUUCGCGAGUUGACAUGAAUGAUGCAGUGACGAUUCUUGAAAAACUCAAAAACUUUGAUACGUCGUACUUUUCGAAAGCGUCAUCGGCGGAAAAGCAGCUCAAGAAGGACAUUGAAAAUGCAAUACGCCUUAUCAAAAAAUAAGAAUAUUUCCAAGGAUUACAAAAUAAAAGAUAGUAACGAUAUG